AUGCCGUGUCUGAACAAAAGCUUGAGCAAGAGUAUUAACGCGCUAGUACUCCACUUGGAAUUUGUAAAAUGUAAAAAUUUAUCUGAUUACAAAAAGAAGGGGAAGUUCUACUUAAUAAUUACUUACGAUCAUUUAAUUUUUUAUCAAAAGGACUUCUAUGAAAUACAGUUCAAAAUAUUCUUUAACGAAAUCCUGCAUAUAUUCCAUUGCGAUCAGUCAAAUUAUGUACAUGUUACUCUGAAGGAAAAUUCGCUAACUAACGACAUAGGAAUAAAAGGAAUCAACAAAAAUAUUUUGAUUAAGCAGUUAUGCGUUGGAUAUAGUACUUACUACAUGUUUCACCUGAACAGGAAUUCUUAUAUGCCUAUUACAAAGGAAACAUACGAGGAGAGAUGUAACAGAACAAAGCAAAAUUCGCCUCUAAAGAAGCUUGACUUUUCUAUACAACCAUUUAUAGGGUACAGAAAGAUCGUAUUUGACGACUAUUUUUUUUUUAUGCAUAAGUCUUUCCAAAAUUUCACCACUGUUUCGAGCGAGAGUGCAUUCUACGUUGAUUAUAGAGGCAUCGAAAUAUGCAUCAAAAUAGAUGACAAAAAAAGUAUGAUAGAGCUGGAGCAGACAGCGGACAGCAAUUUCUAUCAGUUGGCUAGGAAUCAUCUUAACUUUUUAAUCAACGAUAUGAAACUUCCCCUAGUCAUCAGAAGAAACUUCUAUUACAAGAAAAUGAAUUUAUCAGACGAUUUAGCCAAAUGGGCAGGUUAUGAGAUAUACCUGAAGAACGAAACGCACACCAUUGUCUGUAUAAUAUUUAGGAGAACAUAUAUCCCCCCCCUCCUCGAUAAAAGGCAAGAUAUAUACGUCACCUUUAGGAUGUCCCACCAAAGUCAACAGGAGUUUGAUGUAACGGAUAAGCAUCUGUUCGAUGAAGUAUAUGUUGUUGCAAAUUCGAUCACCCCCAACGAUGUCCAUAAUACCUAUUAUGCCAAUUUGAUCCAAGUGCAAGUGGACGCAUUAAUAUAUAGCCCCGAGAUUUACGAAUUUUUUGAGACCUCCAUAAAAAUAAAACCGUCCUACUUUGACUACAUAAAGAUGUUUUUGAAGUCUAUGUUAAUAAUUCUGAAAGAGGGGGAUGUGGUCAUCAGUUCAGAUAUACUGAACUUCUUAGGAGAAGAUACGAAGGUGGAAAGGAACCUCGAGUACCUGCUGAACGUUAUCCUGAAUCAAAUUUCGGGUGUUAAUCUGCUGGAUACGCACAAGAGCGAAAGGACAAAAGUUAAUAGACUUCUGCACCGUCUGUCUGAGUACUUGAUAUUCUGUUUGGAUGCGGGAUUCUUAUCGCACAAAUACAACAUUGCGGACCUAAUAAACGGGGCUAUUGCGAUUAGCAGGGAUAACAAGAUGGCGAUGGACAACAUUAUCAGCUUUUUCUUGCACGUACGAGAGAAGGAUUACGUGAAGGGGUACGAGAGCAGUUGUCUAGAGUUACUACAAGAAAAUGAUAAUUUGGAUAUAGAGUUAGGGUCAUUGCUUGAUAGCAAUAAUUAUAGUGUAAAUGAUUUUUUCCUUUUUUAUUUACAUCAGUGUGGUUACAUAAACAAAUAUUUCUGUUACAAAAAUGAUGAUAAUUAUAAAAAAAUAAUAGCAUAUAUUUUAAAAUAUGGAAUAAAUAUAAAAAUAAAAAAAAAAAUUUGCAAAAAUUUAUUAGUCUUUUCCAAUGAUUACAAGAAUAAAUAUUAUGCUCUAAUGAAUUCAAUCAUUUCGUUUUUAAGUAAUAACUCAGACCAUAAAAAUUUGUGUCAAUUGAUUUUGAGUACCUUAAUAAAUAUAACAAAUGAAAAUAAUAAAUUAAAAGAGUGCUUAUUAAAAUUAAAUAUAAGUAUGAUAAGUAAUUUUUUAAUAUUAUCAAAUGAUUAUGAUAUAAUAAAUAAAAUAGUAUUGUUAUAUAUAAACCUGAGUAAAGAAGAAUAUAUGUGCGAAGACAUAAUAAAUAAUGGAUUGCUUAUAAAUUUUGUCGAUAUACUUUUCAAUAUAUAUCACAUAGAUAUAAGAUUAAAAAAGGAUAUAUGUAUAAAUAUAUUAUGUAUUUUGGGCCAAUUCUUUAAUUAUAAAAAAUAUUACAUAUUCAUAUUAAAUCAUUAUAUUGGAUUAGUUGAUGUAGCUAUUUAUAUAUACCAAACAACAGACAGCUUUUAUUUUGAUAAAAUUAAAUUAAUUUUUUUUUUUAAACAGCUUGUUCAAUAUUCUUAUAUAUUAAAAGAUCAAGUAUGUAAACAUUUAUGUCCUUUAAUAAUUAAAGAAAUUUAUUUAUUUCAAAAUAAUGAUUUUAUUUAUUCCUCCUUAAAUUUAUUUGAUGUCUUAUGUGACUACAAAAUUAAUUGCUUAUAUCUUCAUACUAUGCAAAUAUUACCAUUAUUCCAUUUUAUAAAAUCGAUCAAUAUUAUUGAUUUGUACAAAAAGGUAAUUAAACUUGAGGAUAAGGUUAAGAAGAACCUUAAAAUUGUUACAUGA